AUGGUUGUAUCUUCGAGAGUGGCUAAAGUGGAUACAAUAAAGCGAUGUUUACCAAAUCUUCAUUCACUUGGAGAGCUUUUAUUACCGUGUUUUCUUCGACAAUUAUUUACAUUAACCGUACUGUUGAGCUUAUUAUGCUUAUUAGUGAGCUAUGCAUUAGCAGGUAGCCAAGCGUUUUCAAGCUUAUUGCAUGUCGAUUAUUUAAAAAUGAUUCCGUUUUUUUGUUGGACAUGGACAAUUGUCAUUGUUUUUCUUCAUACAUUUAUUCAACCGAUUAUCUCAGUGUUAACUUUUCUUAAAGGAACACUUUUUACGGGAACGGUCGUCGUAACAUUACUAGUUGGAUUGAAAAUAAACAAUCCAGUAAAAAAUGAUUAUACAGCGAUGGGAGAUUCAUUUUUAAUGAGUACAAUUGCAUUGGGCGGUUUAAUGAAUGUCAUGCCAUUAAUGUUUUCAAAACUGAAGCAGACACGAGAGGAGAUUAUUGGCUUUAAUGUAGCUUUAUUUCUUGGCUUAACAACAUGCGUUAUUUUGAAUAUUCUUUGGUGUUGGUCAAUAUUAGCUGUUGUCCCACAACACAGUACAUGUUUAUCAACUAAUAUAAAUGGAACGAUUCAAAUGGCAUUUAAUCCUUUAAAUGAAUCACAAAUUCGUGACCGAUGCAUGCUGUAUUCACCUUCAUUAAAAAAAGCGGCAUUAGGUGGACAAAUUUCAACUGUACCAUUAAGCGAGGUUCUUGAAAAUGAUGAAUUCAAAUUUUUUCAAUAUGUUUCAUUUAUUGUUCAAUUAUUUAUUGUAAUAAGUAUUUCAGUUUCUUUCAUGACUAUGGGUUCAGCAUUACAUCAUACAAUCAAAGGUGUUGUUGAUUCAUUUUGGAAUCCAACAUUAGAAGCAGAAACAAAUUUAGCAAAAUAUGGAAAUCCUUUUCAAUAUAUUACAGCCCGACGAAUUACUCAAUGGUUUUGUUCUUUGGUUAUUUUCUCAGUUGUGUUUGCUAUUGCAAUGAGUAAUCCGAAGAGUUUUAAAACUAUUCUUGAACAAGCUGGAAGUCUUUUUCAAAAUAUUGAAAUGGGUUUGUUUCUUGCAAUAAUGAUUUAUAAAGUUUCAACAGCAGAAUAUUGCCAUUAUAUACUACCAUUUCAAUUACCACGAUGGUUUACUUUUUUACAAUGGAUUAUUCCAGCGUAUUUUGGUAGUGCUGUUUUUUACGACAUAUAUCAUAUAAUUCAACACUAUACAAAAUAA